GCUGUGUGGACGCGCUUCCUUUAAGGGUCCUUCUCUAACGGUCAAGGAGCAGCGUUGUUAGCAACAUCAUGGCGGCGUCCUCACGAACACAAGUGAUUUCGCUGUACAGAAUGAUGCUGAUGGAGAGCAAGAAGUUCCCCUCGUACAACUACAGGACCUAUGCACUGCGGCGGGUGCGUGAUGCCUUCAGGGCCAACAGGACAGAGAAGGAUCCAAAAACUGUGGAGAGACUGAUGGUGGAGGGACGGCAGACACUGGCACUGAUACAGAGACAG